ACAACAAAGAGGUAUUUUGACCUGAAGCCUACAUGUAGAUCAGUACCAGAUAUUGAAAUGUUGUGGUACCUGUGAAUGUUUCCUGGUCAUUUGUGGAUGGAAACAUCCCAGUGAAACACAGAAUUGUUUAGUUCACAAGGUCCCUCACCGAGCCAGCUUCCUUUAGCAGCACAGUGUUGGAUAGACCAGGGAACUCCCACUUCCCUGGGUAGGCCAUUGAUGGAUCUACUCUGCAUUUAAAGACUUGGAUCCAACCUUUACCAUUACAUUAGAACAAUAGUGGACUUGUUCUUCUCAAGUUCUGUCUUGCUUGAUGAACAGGGAUUGGCACAUCAGUGAUCUCAGGGUGGGUUGAUUUUGAUACCUUCCCACUGUACAUCAUGAUGGUCUUUGUAAUCAGCUGGUGAAAAAAAAAGCCAACCUGUAAAAUAGCAGCCACCGGUCUAUCGGGACCACUAACACUAAUUUCCAUGGAGGAAGAUUAUAUGAGUUAGAACCUGUCUGGAUAGCAGCAACCUGUCUAUAUUGACCACCAGAACGGAUUCCUUCGGAGGCAAAUCAAAGAACCUUUCUAGAGCAGCCACCUGUCUUUAAAGGCUAUAAUUGUGUUUCCCAUGAAUGGUCACCUAGCCAGGGUCAUUGUACAAAUCACUUCAUCUGUACAUAUUAUAGAUAAUCUGCUUCAGGAAUACAUCAAUUGGAAUUGCAUGUACAUGUAAUGACUGUCUGAAUGUUGUGGACUCCCAUACAGGAUCUUGGUGAUUUUUUUUUUAAUUUACCAUGUCUCAAAGAUUGGAAUUUGUUAAGAAGCCAUUCAUCUCCUUCCAUCAUGACCAGGAUGACGGUGGCUCCACUGGAAAAGCCAUGAGCAACAGUGAGUCAGAGAAGCAACCACUCCUGGACAAUGUAACAGACAGCAAGCCUUCCACCAUGAGGAACCGCUCCAAGGAUCUCAGUGCCCUGGAGGCAACCAUGGCAGACCCUGCCUCCCUGGACACCAGUACGCCACUCCCGGACGAUGUCAACAGCAACGGUCAUUUCACCUAUGAGGAACUCUCCAGUGGAUUCACCUGCCCGACCUGUAAUGGUUUAGGAAAAAUCCCAAGAGGUAGAGAAGAUGAUCUUGUAGCCUUGAUUCCAUACAAUGAUGAAAGAUUGAAACCAAGAAGAACGUGGUGCUAUGUUAUCCUAUCAAUAUUAGUUUGUGCAAUAAUAGCUGGAGUUCUGUGCGGUUUCCUGAUACCAAAAGAAGUUAUCUUGUCAGUAGAUGAGGUGGAAACAGUGGAUAUUCAUAUAAAUGAGUCGAUAUCAAAUAUGAGGCUUCUAAUUCAGAUGGAAUUCUCUUUAGAAAAUAAGAACUUUGUCCCUGUGUAUUCACAGAACAUAUCUGUGUCUGCUUAUUGGAGUGAUGUGAUAAAAGGCACCAAUGUAACCACUGUGCCCUUUACCUUGGCUGGUAGGAACAAAAAUUCACAGAUGUUUGCUAAUGUUACUGCUACUUUCACUGAGGCAUUUCUAGUAUCGUAUUGUUCAAGUGACUCUCCAACCCAUGUAAUUUACAUGCAGUUUGUAGCCACUCUUCAGUUCAAGCUGUUAUCCCAGAACCAGCAGGCCACAAUGACUCACUACAGCCCUGUCAAAUGUGCUUCACUGGACCAAAUGAGCUAGUAAGGACAAUUCCUGAUGGGACAUCAAGAACUGCAAGCCUAUCUUGUGCCUAGGCUAGAACUGACUUUGAACUGAAUAAGUUUGAUGACUUGAAUCUGUCUUGUUGGUAGACAAGACAGAUUAUAUGAAAAGAUUGCGCAAUCAGAUGCUGUGAACUUGUAGGACAACAAACAUAUUACAUCUGACAAAAUCUGUAUAGCUUGUCUUUAUCAGGUGGCAAGACAAGGCCUUUGAAGGAUCUGGUAAUCCUGAAUGAGCAGUUUUAACUGUAGGAAGCUAGAAUGCUUGUAAGCACAUAGCAAGAGGACCAAAGACUUUUCAGUCCUCUCUGCAGGAAUAAGUAAUUGGGAUUAACGCCCUUGAUCCAUAAUGCAUAUUAAAAGUGAUUUAAAAGGAGGGAGAUUUGUUCCAUAUCAGUCUGAAUUUUUGAAGGAAUUGGUGAUCUCUCAACAAGAAAUAUGGUUCAUGUACCUCUAGGCUAUGCAUGGAGCAAGCAACAAGAGGACCAACAGGUUUGAGUCCUAUCUGAGGGGCUUGGCACUUUAAAAAUGGUUUACAAGGAAUUAGGGAUUGUUACAUAGGAAUGAGUCUCAGAGGCAAGAACACAGUGCAGGUCCCUCUUGCCAAUGCAUGGAAGAAGACCAAAGGCUUUGAAUCCUCUCGGAGGGACUUAAUAAUGGGGAGUAAUGCCUUGAUCCACAUGGCACUUGGCACAUUGAAUAUUGUUUACAAGGAAUGAGGGAUUGUUCCAUAGGCUCAGUGUGGAAGCAUUGAAUGAGCCUCAUAGGCAGGAACACAGUGCAGGUCCCUCUGGCCCAUACAUAUACAUGUACAUGGAGCAAGCUACAAGAGGACCAAAGGCUUUGAAUCCUCUCUGAGGGACUGAGUUGUUAGGCCCUUGUACAGUGUAAAUGAUUAACAAUGAAAGAGGGAUUGUUCCAUAGGCUCAAUGUGGAAGGAAUGUCUGAACCACUUUGACAGGAGUGUGGUAGAUGUGCACCUGGCCUAUUCAUGAAUCAAGCCAGAAAACUAAGUUUUUUGGAAGCUGCAGAGUUAGCAGUUAAUAUGUAAUAAUAUGUAUGUUACAGUUAGGCAAUGCCAGAGGCAGACAUUUUGACUUGCUCAGUCAAGAAUCUAUCUACAUGUAGAUUGUACUUGUUCAUGUAUCAUGAUGUUCAAACUAAUUACUUAACCUAGAGCUGUUUGAUAGUGUUUUAAACACUCUAAAAUGUAUAUAUCAUAAUAUAUCAGGAGAGCUAUUACAUGCUGUUCCAAUGUGGUAUUCGCUGCAUAAUGGCGGAAUAUUAUUAUUAUUAUUUUGAAGAACCACCGAUACAUUGUACAUGUGAUAUUAUUGACUUAGAUAUUAUGUUCUUAUUUUAGACUACAGGUAACUGCCAAAGUUGACCUUCCAUAAGUCAAAUAAUUGCCUAAGUUGAAGCAAUUGUUUUAUCAGAUUAUCCAAAACAUGUGUUACAUACCUCUUCUAAGUCAAAUUUCUCCUAAGUCGAACAGAAUACUGUGGUCCCAAAACAUUUGACUUCGGCAGUUACAUACCGGUACUUGUAGUUAUAUAAAUGAUUGGUUUGUCAUGUCAUAUUUGCUUACAAUGGCAAUCCAUCUUUUGCAAUUGAUUUUAUGUUCUAUGAUGUAUAUAUCUGAAUUUACGGUCAAAAUGUUUUUGUUCAGAAGAAAAAUCAAAAUCAAAUGAAAGAUGUAUCUUGAAAUUGAAGAAAAUCAAUGCAUAUUCUUUAACAAUUAUUCUUGCUAAUUUACAUAGCCUAUUUUAGAGUAUUUAUGGUGUAUUAAUUUGUUGAAGGCAGAUUGUUUCGUCACUUAUUGUAAAAUGCAGUUAAAAAAUGCAGUUCAGGGGACAUUUCUUUAUGCUCACCAAAGAACCCUUUCUUAAAGGUAUCGUGCAAUAUUCAUUAGCAUCCUUGAGUGGCUAAGGAGACUGUCAUAUAAACAACUCGAGUUUUAAAACAGUGAUCAUAAAGUUACAAGUAAGACCCAAAACCAUCUUGAAAGGACAUUUUCAAAAAUGCUUAUCCUGGCUAAAAAAAGAAAGAGCAUUAAAUGCUUCCAUAGUGAAAUGCAGUGAUGUUAAGUACCUGAUCCAGAAUGCCCAGUGGAAAAUAGCGGUAAAUCAUUAUUUUGUAACACUAACAGUUGUAAUGUUGUAUAUACCUGUACAACAGUGAUUACUUGAAUGAGAUAGGUACUGUAGAUAGCUCUACAUUCAACGAGUGGUGCCAGAACUUUCCCAUCUGGCAAAGCCUUUUAGCGAUGUUUCGUUGUUAAACAAUGGCCAGCCACUUUUUUUUUUUGACUUCACAUAUUCACAGACUAUUUUUCUGUUUUGUUUGGGGAGUGGGAUGUUUCACAAAGAUUCAAGAGUGACUUUUUUAAUAGAGUCAUGCUUAAAUACCAACGAACACACGCAUGUUAUUUAACUCGUAAGUUGAUUGAUGAAUAUGCAGUAGUGCUCUUCUCGUGCGCAUGACUUGACCAAUGUUGUGAUGCGUUGUAUGCCACAUGUAACUGAAAUUUAAGUGCAACUCUAUGUUUAAGUCACAUUAAAAUCUUUGUGAACCAUCCCCCCCCCUCUCUUCCCCAGAAGUAUAAUUGAUGAUUCUGAGGGUGGAAGGCUGUACAGUGUACAAGUUAAAAACUUGAUAUUUUGUUACUAUGUUACUUUCAUUUCUUUCUUUUUUUUAAAUUUGAUUUCCAUUGUUUCCCUUUUCAUAUUGGCUAUCAUUCCAACCAAGCUGUGUGCUACUUAUUCAAAAUAAAGAUUAGUAGAUUGUCUCAUUUCUUGUGAAUAUUUAGGGCGAAGAAAAUAACAAAAGACCUCACCAAGCAUCUCUAUAAAUGAUAUUAGUGGUAUAAAGCCCUUGCAUAAAAUGCAAAUAAAAUAAAGGCCUGCAGUGCAGGUAAAGUGUUUUAUCACUGUUUUUACAGUCAAACUUGUCUAUUGAGGCCACUCAAGAAAACAUGAAAAGUGACCACUGUAGACAGGUGUCAUAAAGAAAGGUUUUACAAAUACAAUACAUACAUAGAUGUAUUCCUUUCAAAUGGGAGGCAAUAUCUGUGGCCACAGACUGAUUUUUACUAAGAGUCAAGCUUGACUGUAUUUAUAUUUUGUAUUGUUUCAUUGGGAUGGGGGUCAUCCCCUCAUGAAAAACAAAAGUAGUGAACUUUAGUAGAUGAUAUUUUUUUUGUAACUGUUUGAUGAUUAUUUGUUGCAUGUUUGUGAUCUACAUGUACAUGUAUAUAUAGCAAUUCAGAUGUCUUUCUUUGCCUGUACAUAUAAGUCAUAAAGUGUAAUGCUUUUAUCAACUAUUUAGUCACUAUUCCACGAGUGGACAUUCUCAAUUUAUAAGUUAAUCAAGCCCUUUAUAUGUGAACAGCUAUGAUGGAUGAAACAUCUUCAGCAUAUGUUAUGAUCCUCACUGUUAAGUCAUAAAAAAAACAAUUGCAGGAUUCUUGCGUGAAAGACUGCUGCUUUGCCUCUUGGUAUGAAAAUGUAAAAACCAUGAAUUUUAUGGUUCAACUUGGUACACAUCAGCAUCAGUCUCUAGCUGUCUACAUUGUAGUUCUGCUUAAACAUCAAGUAAAUUUGAUUUGUUUCUAGGAGUUAAAUAUUAAGUGGAAAUCGUGUGUGAUAAAUGUAUUUAAUCUUAGUGUUUAUCUCUGUUAUUUGCUUUGAAUUCUUAUUUUCUAGGUAUUGGUGUACUCCUUAUUAAUACAUGUUUAAGCUAAAAUGUAAUGUGCUCAGUAUAUUGUGCUAGGGUGAUGUGGUCGAUAGGAAUAUCAACUUGCUUUUUGUGUUUUUGUUUGUUUGUUGGGGUUGUUUUCAUUCCCGUAAACCAAACAGAUUUCUUUGGUUGAAUAUGAAUUGUACUUUGUAAUAUGCAGGAAAUCAUAGAUUUCAUUCUCUAUGGCCAGAUGUUUUGAAGAUGGGAAACUGUUACCUAGAUGUUAGAUUUGCGCAUCACAAAAACCGGCCUAAGUUAACAUAAAUUGCACCAUAUGACAUAGAAUGAUCUUUCGUCCAUGACACCAAGUGACACACAUAACCCAUGGAGUAGCAUCAGGCCACCUUUUGAAGUGAAUUGGGCCUGUGAUCCUGGUGUUGUGUGGUGUAUAAUUAAUAUGCAGGGGCCGUGGAAAGGGGGGGGGGGCUGCGGGGGAUUCAGCCCUCACACUUUUUCCCAAAACCGUGUACAAAAACAUAAAAAUUACCAUCUGAUUAUGAUUUUUGGCAUGGUCCGCUCCCCACUUUUAAAACUGUUCCGCGGCCCCUGAUAUGUGUUAAUUUCAUUAUUUGUAAGGGCAUUGCAGAGUACAUUUGUUUACAUUUCUUUGCAGAAGAGAAUCGGCAUGGAAUUAUAUACUAUAGAAUGAAUUUCAGUUUAUUAUACAUGUACAAUAUAUUUCUUAAUUCGAUAUAUAUAUAUGAUUAUGUUUACAUCUUGUUUUUAUGUCUUUCUUGUUGCAUUAUCAGUUAUGUUCCUGUGUUUAAUGUUACAAUAUACAAAAAAAUAACAGUUCUGUCACAUAUGAAUAUAUGUUUUGUUGUUGUUGUACAAUCUUUUUCUACAAACAACUCGAACAUUCCCAUGCUUAUUUAAAUAUGUUAACCAUCAUAUUGUUGAACAAAAUAAUCCUAUUAUUUUCAUUAAAAUGAAAGCAAUAUUCUGAAUGACUUCAAUAAGCCAGUUCACGGUUAGCUCAUGAUUUGAUUUUCUCAAAUGACCUUUGUGAUUUUUCAUUAGGAUAAGCACUAUCAUUUUCAAAUGUAGAUGUUGCGUAAGCUUUACUGGUAGAGUAUUCAAAUUCUAAGAACAAAAGGCAUUGUAUAGACCAGAUAACUAGAAUAGUACACCAGGGAUAAAGUUUGGAAAUCUGUUUUAUUGUCUGCCUUUGGCACAUUUGACUAUUGUUUAGGCUACUGUCAAAUACCAGUGAUUAUGAAGGCUCUAUUUAUUACUCUUCAGCUUGGAUGUGAUAAAUAUUUUGAAAGGAAUACAUAAAUAAUCAUCAAAUCACAAAUGCCUAUGUCAGUGAAUUUGAAAGCCACCUUCAUGGUUGUCUCCAAUGACCUUUUUCUGCUCGUGCGCAGUUUACAACCGUGAACAGGCUUAUUGAAAAAUACUUGCAUCAAUAGAAAUUAUCAGUAAAUAAUAAAACACACAAGGAUUGUAUAAUAUUAUUAUCAUUUGCAUUGCCAGUUGUGAUUAAAAAUAUUUGAUUUAUGAUUACUAUAUGUAUUUAUAUGUUUACUACUAAUUUUCAGUUAAUAAGCAUUCAGAGAUAACAAAAAAUGCUUUUGAAGCUUUUCCAUGUAAAAAGUAUCCCAUUUGUUGUAAUUUUAAGCAAUGAAAUAAGAAUGUAUUCUCAUCAUUUACGUACAAAAUUGAUUGUGUAUCAAUAGAAGUAUAUGGAGUAGAUAUGUGAGCAUGUAGUACAUUAUGUUCAUAUUUUCAUUUUUCCUCCAGGGACCUGCUUUACAAAAAUGAUCACGAUAAUUUAUACUCAUUCAUUCAAAUUUCAGAUCUAGGGGGGGGCAUGGUGAUGACUCAAACCUGUUUCAUAAAAGUAACAACUACGGUAUCUUUAUUAUUGUAACUACCAUGGAAACUAUUGUGAUUCGCCGCUGAGCCCUGUUAUGAUUAUUGCCAUAAUGACUAAUUUGCCAUGUUGUAAGUCGGCCCCCACUGGUGUCGAGGAAAAUAUUAAAUAAUGAAAUUUUGGUAUAAAAAUAUAUUCCUCCUCUAUUUUGGUUCAGGGCACUUGUUAGGAGAUAACAUGCUAUGAACAUGAAGUUGACAGCAAAAUCUUUAGUUUUCUAUGAGUGGCAUUACCAUUUACCAAGUUAGCAUGGUGUUUGUCUUUUACAUCUUUGUGCAUUGAUUCUAUGCGUUCUCAAAUGACUUGUGUAUAUUUUUGUACGUAUGACAUAUGAAGGAGUUCUGGCUAUUGCAUUUGUACAGAAGAUUUAUUAAAGAUGAUAUAUGAUACUAGUAAA